GCGCUUUGUCGGCGUCUCGCUCAGUUCGCCCACCUCCACGCAACGCUCCUUUAAUUCCUCGUCGCUAUUGUCGUCGUCCGCUCUUUUUUUUUUUCUUUUUGGAAAGAAUUCGUGUUUUUUUCUUCUUUCUGUUCUUCCGGGUCUCCGUGUUAAUUCUUCUGGAUUAUCGUUGAUUUCCCCAUCUACUCCAGUCAGCGAUCGUAAUCGCUGCGUUGAGGGAGCCAGGAUGGGCUGGCCGGUGUGCAAUUCGACGCUGGAGAAUGAAUCAAUCAGCGAGACUCCUCUCUGGACCGAUGGCCUCACCUACCAUAAACUUAGUGUGCUCAUCGGCCUCGCGCUGGGCAUCUUCUCGGUCGUCGUCUCCGGCGGCCUGAUUAUGUUGCAUGCGACGCAUUAUAGCAAACCCACCGAGCAAAGAUAUAUUAUUCGGAUUCUGUUCAUGGUGCCCAUCUACUCGCUCGUCGCCUUCUUGUCUCUCUACUACUACCGCGAUGCCGUCUAUUACGAAGUCCUGGGCGACUGUUACGAGGCCUUUGCCAUCUCUGCCUUCUUCACGCUGCUGUGCCAGUAUAUCGCGCCCGAUCUCCAUUCGCAAAAAGAAUACUUUCGCGGCAUCAAGCCCAAACAGUGGGUUUGGCCCAUCCCGUGGCUUCAGAGGUGUUGGGGGGGAGAAAACGGCAUCUGGAGGAUACCGCGCAGUGGAUUGACGUGGUUCAAUGUGAUCUGGGCCGGGGUCUUCCAGUACUGUUUUCUACGAGUCCUGAUGACUAUCGUCGCAGUCGUCACGCAAGCGUUCAAUGUCUACUGCGAGGAAUCUCUCAACCCGGCCUUUUCGCAUAUUUGGGUUCUGUGCAUCGAGUCAGUCUGUGUUACGAUCGCCAUGUACUGCCUGAUCCAGUUCUAUAUCCAAGUCAUGAAUGACAUUGCGCAAUACGAACCUCUGCUCAAGAUUGUUUCCAUCAAGCUCGUCAUUUUCCUGUCCUUCUGGCAAUCGACCGUGAUCUCCUUCCUGGUUUCAGCAGGGGCGGUAAAGGCUUCAAAGACCAUCCAAAUGCAGGAUCUGAAAGUGGGAAUCCCCAAUCUUCUGAUCGCCAUCGAAAUGGCCAUCUUUGCCGUCCUCCACUGGUGGGCCUUCCCUUGGAGGCCAUACGUUUCGGGCCACCCGAAUGGCAGCGAGGUUACCGAUCUGUACGGCAACGGGCAUGUGGUUUACCAGGGCGGCUUAUUCGGUAUGAAGGCGCUUGUGGACGCCAGCAACCCUUGGGAUCUGUUCAAGGCUACUGGCCGUGGAUUCCGGUGGCUAUUUGUUGGCCGUAAGCGGCGGACGAUGGAUCCCAGCUACCAAAACCAGAGUGACUCGAUCAGUCUGAAACCAGCCGAAUCCGCCUCCGAGACGAAUCUUGCCAACUCUGGGGUGACGGCGUACGGGGGUGCCGGCAUGUCCGCCGCACAGAGAAGCCGAUAUGGUACCUCUCCUCCAAACGAAGAAGGCGAGGUGUUGCUGGCGCACGCGCAGCCCAACCCGACCUCGUACUCGAUUCAGUCAACGGGGGAUCUUGGAAUGGUUCCUCAGUCGUACGACAGCGACCGAUCCGUACUCGCCCUACCAGGACACAUUUCACAGUCCUAGUCCUAGCCCCUAUCUGCCACCGGCGGAUGAUCCAUACCAUCACCAUCCAUACAGCCAGGAACAGAUCCCCGAACAGGAAAUCGGGAUAGCCACCACCACUCCUACUAUUACUACUACUACUACUACCACCACCGCCUACCCCCGAGACACGCUCCUCCAA